AGUUUGAUUAAAUGUCUUCAUCAUCUACAUCCUUAAUUCUCUCAAGUCUAAUAAUAUACACAAAAGCACUCUGCCUAUUAACACAUGGUCAAACAAUUCUCUUGUUUCAGGGUCUUUUGACAUUCAAGGAUGUGUCUGUGGACUUCUCCCAAGAGGAGUGGCAAUGCCUUGACCCUGCUCAGAGGGCUUUGUACAUUGAUGUGAUGUUGGAGAAUUACAACAACUUGGUCUCUGUGGAGAACUAUUUCAUGUAUGAUCCUGUCCAUCAACAUGGGAAGACUGAAAAGGAGUCUUAUCACUGUAAUCAGUUUGGGAAAAUUCUUCAUGACCCCUCCACAUGUGCACUUAUUCGAAUAAGUGAAAUUACAGAAAACUCUAAUGACUGUAGAUGCAGUAGUCCUGGAGAUGCCUCUCUUGACUUAUCAAACACAGAUAUACAUGAAAGCGUGCACACAGGAGAAAAACCCUGCAAUUCUAAAGACUCUGAGAAACCCUUAGACUUGAGUUCAAGCAUUACUCAAGAUCAGAGACUCUACACUAAAAAGAAAGAACACAGGGAGAGAGAAGAUGAUGAAUGUUUUGACACUACAUAUACUCCUUUGCAACAACAAAACUACAUUGGAGAGAAACGGUACCAGUGUGGGAAAUGUAAGAAAUGCUUCAGUACUGCGUCAUACCUCACUGUACAUCACAGAAUUCAUACAGGAGAAAAGCCUUACACGUGUAAGGACUGUAACAAAUCCUUUAUUAUGAAGUCAAGCCUUACAAAACAUGAGAGAAUCCAUACAGGAGACAAGCCUUACACAUGUAAGGAAUGUAACAAGUCCUUUAAUGUGAGUUCAAAUCUUACAUUGCAUAAGAGAAUUCAUACAGGAAAGAGGCCCUACAAAUGUAAGGACUGUGGGAAAUCCUUCACUACAAGCUCGAGUCUUACACUGCAUAUCAAAAUUCAUACAGGAGAAAAGCCUUACACAUGUAAGGACUGUGACAAAUCCUUUAUUAUGAUGUCAAAACUUAAACAGCACCAAAGAAUUCAUACAGGAGAAAAGCCUUACAAAUGCAAAGAAUGUGACAAAUCCUUUACUCUGAAGUCAACUCUUACAGAGCAUCAAAGAAUUCAUACAGGAGAGAAACCGUACACAUGUAAUUACUGUGACAAAUCCUUUACUGUGAAGUCAACUCUUACAGUGCAUCAGAGAAUUCAUACAGGAGAGAAGCCUUACAAAUGCCAGGAAUGUGACAAAUCUUUUACUACAUGCACAUAUCUUGGUGAACAUAGAAAAUGCAUACUGGAAAGAAAUCUUAUAAAUGUGGAGAAUGUGGCAAAUCUUUUACUACAAGCACAUAUCUUAGAAAACAUAAGAAAAUUCAUUCUAGAGAGAAGCCUUACAGAUGUGGAUAAUGUGACAUGUCUUUUGUCCAGAGUUCAAAUCUUAGAAAACAUCAGAGAGUCCAUACUGGAGAGAAACUCUACAAAUGUACGCCACGAGGAGGAGGAGCCGUCUCCAAGGAACCAGGCUAAAGUGACAAGAAAUCCCUCCGUUCCGUGUCGGACUCGGGGAGCCCCGCGCUACAGACCGGGGUGCGGAGGACACGGCGGGCGCCUUGGGGACCUGGAGACUCCGGAGCCGCUGUGUCCGCGCGGGGCGGGCGGCCUGGGAAAGUCAGCGUCAGCAGCAGCGCAGUGGCGGGAACCGCAGCCCGGCGGCCCUGGAACCUCCCAGGAUUUGUGUCUGAGACAGAAACUCACAAGACAAAAAAGAAUGAAUGCUUCUCUGGUAAAUGAUCCCCAGGUUCUUCUAGUGACAGAGAUGGAGGAGUGAUGAGUAAAGG